AUGUCCACCUUCAAAGGCAAUGUUUCCAUCACCCAUAUCACGACUGCCACGGCGAUCAUCAACAUUGACGGUGUGCGAUUCCUCACCGAUCCUGUAUUCUGCCCUGCAGGUUCUGAAUACAUCUACGACGGCUGGUCCAAGGCCCCCAACCUUGUGGACUUCGGCUUCGAGUGUCAGCCUCCAGCGGGGAUUCUGCGCAGUUUUGAGGGACCAGCCCUCGAAUUGCACGAUAUUCCACCCAUCGAUGCGGUCUUGCUGAGCCACGAAGACCACACCAUCUCUGCCAGACUCGGAGGCAAAGAUUUCCGUAUUACCGGCACCCCCUGCAAGCACUUCCCUGGUGGCGAGGUGACCGGUUUCAUUGUCGAGUGCGACUCCUUCGGCGUUAAUGAGGCCGGUCUGCCAAAUGUGGUGUACUUCUCUGGAGAUACUGUGUGGAUUGACGAGUUGGCGGAGAUCAAGAACAAGUGGCAUGUUUCCGUUGCUGUCUUGAAUCUUGGGAAUGCGCUUUUUGAGCACCCUAACGGUGUUCUACAAAUUACUUUCGAUGGGAAGCAAGCUGCUCACUUGAUGCGUGUGCUGAAUGUCGAUCGGAUGGUUCCUAUCCACUUUGAAUCGUGGGAACAUUUCACUGAACAUCAGGCCGAUUUGGCGAAGGUCUUUGACGACCAAAAGGUGUCAGAUAAUGUUUUCUGGCUUACUCCUGGCGAGGAAACCCCGGUGAUGGUUGGCUAG